AUGGAGCAGCAAGGUGAGGCAGAGGCACCACCGUCGCCGACACAGCCUACCGAUGCGCCAACGUUGAAGACCAGUUCGACUGACGCGACGAGCGGUGCGUUGCCUAGUGCAGCUAACACUCCUACUGCUACGAAGGGCAUCAACUUGGUGCUUGAGGAAGUCGAGGACCCCGUCGGGGGCACUGGUGAUGUCCAAGAGGAUGGCGCCAAGGCUCCAACCGCGGCUGCACAGGACAAGGCCGAUGCGAAGGCGGUGAAGCGGCAAGCUGGGAGCAUCAGGGUCGACGGUGCGACAAGUGCCAUAGCCGUGCCGACGACGUCGUUGGUUUUCAGUCAAGGAAGCAAGACGACGGACAAUCAUAUACCGCAUUCGACAGCGCCGGUGCACCUCGGAGACGGAGUUCGGUAUAGCUCGGCGAUCGUCCUCGGGUCAGAGUACACGAAUGUACCAGAUCAACAGCGCCUGUCAUCGUCGCCGCGCUACUCGCACGGGGGUCGGCAAGUGAUUUCCGACGCGUGCAAGCGCUCCGAGCCGUUUCAGCGCGGCGCUGAUGGCAACUACAGUACCGUGUAUGCCGCAAGCGGCCUGACCGUUAACGCCCAGUACCAGACGAUCCCUGAGGAGCACGCCGCUUACCGCCAGCGCAACAAGGUGAACCCCAACUACCGGGGGCCUCUUUACGUGGUCGAAGAUUUAUGCGUGCCGUGCAACGCCUGUGGCGGCCCUGUUGACCCUGUGCGUCGGGUCCCGGUUGGCUCCCUCUUCUUCCAUGAAGGAUGCCUUCACUGCUACCUGUGUGGACGCCGCACCGGUGUCGCAGGCCUGUAUCUGCAGCUCGAUCGCCAAGCUAUCUGCAGCGAGUGCGCCGGUCGCGGCUACGAGCAUUGGGUGCCGCGCCAAGAGCUGGAGUCGCGCGGUAUGGUGUACGGCGCAACACGAGGCGAUAUUUAUGCAGCGAUAGACGCGCACGACCGCAGUGCUGCGAAGCAUCAGCAACGGCGCAUUUUGAGCCUGCCCAUCACAGCGGGUGGAGGCUCUUCUACAUUGAACAAGGCCAUCGUGCCAGGCGCGCUACCGCCGUCUCUCUCCAUCGCCAACGUGCACAACCGCCGGAACACCAGUGCCCGCUCCUUUGCACUGAUGGAGCGGCAACAAUACUACACGCAGAGCGAUAACAACGUCAUCAUGGCGGUGCCCGCCUCGGCGGCGCGGUCGCCGUCUAUGACUGGCGGACGAAAGGGCAGCGCGGCGCCGCUGCAGUACCGCCUCACGAACGGACGAUACGCGUGA